UCCAGCGCCCACCGGCCCAGCCCUCGCGUCUCACAUCCGUCUGUUCUCACACUCCCCCCCAACCCCACCUGACCCCUCCCUCCACAGCUUCCACCGCACGACGUUGCGAGCUCCGCCCCCUUUCUCCACACGGCGCACGGCCACGUUGUGACGGCAGGUGUUGAUUGGUCGCCGCGGGUCACGUGGCGCGGGAGGGCGCUGCAUGGCGGACUGGGAGGCCGGGAGACGGGUAGUGGCGGCGCGGGGUGGCUGUGGAGUGACAGGAUCGUAACCAAACAUGACGAGGCGCGGACAGCGCACCCGCACGACAGCAUCCGUGGCACGGCGAGACGCACGCGCACGCUCCCUCGCGCCGCUUGUGAAUGAACGGUGUGGCAGACAUCUGUCAGUCAGUUGAUGGCCUGCCACUGGGCCCAGGCCGGGUUGCCAGAGGUUAGCGGUGCUACUGGCCUCUCCACAGGGUGAGGAGGUGACACAGGCGCGGGUACUGACCACCAGUUGGCCGCAGAUCCCACCCGGAGGUGCGCAUCAUGACAUUACCUGCCAUCACCUUCACUCCCCGGGCCGUGCUGCUGACCACGGUGCUUGUUCACACGGAGUGAACUUGUUCCGCCUGGUUAAUCCCGGAGUAACAACAAGUCUGUCGGCAGCGAGCCUGUGAUACACGACACGUCACACCUGUUAUUUUCUGCUACACCACCCGCCACACCUGCUACUUCGUCACCGGCAGUUGUCCGGGUACUGCAGGAUCGCUUCCAGACGAACCACAAAACUUUCCAGCAAACAAUUUGUGAUGGAUGACUUUCCGACUGUCCCCUGUGUGAACACUUUCUCCCAGCCGUGCUCACAGAUGAUCGCUUGAAGACUAGUGACAGUGAGCAAGAUAAACAGGAAAUGGAUUGAGAGUGACCAGUGCUGCCGCUUGACCCACCUCAUCAAUUCCACGGCAAGUGCGUCCCUUCACCUCCACCGCGACCCCCAGCCCUUCAGGCAAGGGAGGCAAAGAGGGGAGGGAACAAGCCGGGGUUUCCGGACACAUCAGAUGACAUCUCAACCACCUCUGCCACCUCUACAACCUCGACAACUACACCAGGUCCGCAUGUUGUGUGUGUGCACUGUCUGACAUCGCCAUGUACAUGUUCAUGGAUCCAGGUGGAAUAGCCGGCGGGGCUGGCGGGGCGGAUGCCGGGGGAGGAGGAGGGUAUCUGAGUGGAGGAGUGUCGAUGAUGACCGAAGGGUACAAGUCGCCAUCCGUCAUGCAGGGCAUGACGUCACCUGGGCCAGGCGGCCCACGAGGGCCCGUGUUCCAACGCUACGUCAUCCCGCCCUCUGACCCCAUGUGUUUACCCGCGAGUUCUGCUGGCAACGACCUCAGUCCUGCAGGAUGCAAGACGGUGCCAGAGUUCCCGUGGAUGAAGGACAAGAAAGCUUCUCGAAAGGACCAGGCGGGGCUGGGACCUGCCAACCACGCCAUGUUCGGUCCUCCUGACGGCAGUUCCAGCCCCGUUCUGGGGACGGGCGCGGGGCCAGCGGUCUCCCCCAUGAAUGCAGUUCCUGGUGCCACCGGGACUACGGGAACCGGAAGUGCCAGCAGCCGGCGCCUGCGCACAGCCUACACCAACACCCAGCUGCUGGAGCUGGAGAAGGAGUUCCACUUCAACAAGUACUUGUGUCGCCCUCGCCGCAUCGAGAUCGCCGCGUCACUUGACCUCACCGAGAGACAGGUCAAGGUCUGGUUCCAGAACCGCCGCAUGAAGUACAAGCGGCAGACGCAGUCCGGGAGACACGGCAAGCUGGCCAAGGACGAGCAGGCGUUGCUAGACGACGGCGACGAGAACGAGACUGGCGAAGACGAGGCGAUGAGCCCGGCUGGAAAGGGAGGGGACGGAGGGUGAAGACGAAAGUGAAGGACGAGCAAGACAACGAG